UAAUAUUCAGAUCUUUACAUUUUUGGAAGCAUUGGACAACGUCUAACGUGUUAUUAUUUUGCAUGACAUCGACAAACUUUAAAACGCGCAUUCAAACUUCUACCGUUAGCCACAAAUAUUUGUUAACAAUUUCUCAGUGAACUGCUUAUGUUCAACACGUGAUUGUAUAUUGUUAGACAUCUUUCCAUCCCUAGUGUUGUGAAGGGCUCAGUUUAAUAUUGCGCUAUUUUAAAUGCGGUGAGCUAUUUUCGAUGGGUGUAAAACACCACCGGCAACAGAGGGACAUGACGUUGUGUAAAUAGAAGAUUUUUAAUUGACUUCACCCUGUAAAUCAGAAACCAGCAUUUGUUUUUUCAAUCUUCUUUUUCGUUUGUAUUGUUAGGGGCAGGCAAUAUUCAGAGGAAAAUGACAAAUGACACAGUUGAUGCGGCAGUAAAUAUCUCCGCAAGUGCUGGAUCGAAAGUCGAUCACUUCCUUGUCCCGCAGCUAGUCAGCUUUGUUGUGAUAAUAACCAUUACUAUUGUGGGGAAUUUCUUGAUCUGUUGCGUAGAACUCAAACGAACAUCACACAAGAGCAGUGGCUUUUUCAUAAUAAACCUUGCGCUGAGUGAUCUAGCCGUUGGCUUUGUGAGUAUUCCUCUUGACAUCGCCGAACAGCUCACCAACGGCUGGCCGUUUUUUCGCUUUAUGUGCAAAGUGGUUUAUCCUCUUCAAACUGUUCUUAUGGCUGUGUCAGUUAUCACACUACUUUGCAUGAGCAUAGAGCGUUACAGGGCAGUUUUGACACCUUUCAAAGCUAAACCAAGUGGCAAAUUUAUCGUUCAAGUUAUUGUCUCCGUAUGGGUCCUGAGUAUUCUGUUGGUGACUCCAUACACGUUAGUGCUAAGAAUGAAAGAUGGCAAUUGUAUAGAGGACUGGCCAAGCCAAGGCCACGUUAAAAUCUACACUGCCAGCGUUUUUUUGCUGUUAUACCUUUUACCACUCACUCUUAUCACUAUUUGUUACACGAAGAUUGGCAUUUACCUGAACAAGGAAGCAAAGAAAUGGAGGUCGAUGUCUAAAUAUUAUGGUAAAUCAAUACGUCAGGUGCGUCGAUUAUCAAAUGUUCGACACAUGCAGAACAUCAGAAUCAUAAAAGUCUUUGUUGCUGCAGUAAUGGUAUUUGCAAUCUGCCAGUUGCCCACUCAUGUCAUUUGGAUUUGGCAUGAUUUUGGAAGUGGAAGCAAGUGGAAGUACUUGUACGACGUCUUGCCAUUCUGUCAUAUUCUUACCUAUCUAAACAGCGCCAUUGAUCCAUUCAUCUUUGGAAGCCUAAAUGCACAAUUAUUUAGAAAGACGUUAAGGUCAAUAUUCACUUGUUUCAACGGAAAGAAGGAGCACCAGAAAAAAAGCAAAAAUCCUAAGGCACUGCCGCCAGAGCAAGAAAAUACGAAGAAUAAACGCAAACUGAUUCGAAAGAGUUGUGUGUUGCUGAAAAACAAAGGAUCACAGGAUUCAAUAGUGGAAAGUAAUAUCUAGUCAAAAACAUAAGUCAAGAAACAAGCCAGUUUCAAGACUAACAACGAUACUUAUUCAUAAUAAUUAAAAGAGUCGACGAGGGUAGCAUGGAUGAAACUGACAAUUCUGAUGCACAAUAGUCAGGACCUUCGUGCAGGUGCGUCACAUGUAAAUCUGCUGUAAUUUUAGCAAGAGUUCACCAGACCUCUCGCUCGCUUGACAUAUAUGCAGCGUUUACAAACUCUCAGCUCGUUAAUCUCAGUAAUCUGAGGAGUUUGAUUGAAUUAAACUAUCUCCGACUGUCGUUCGCGUUUGCGUUUGACGGGACUUUAAAAGGGAUCUGUUGAGGUUCGUAACGUCUAUCUUGUAUAAUUCACAGUUCUAAACUUCUAAUCGAAAAACAUCUCGAUCAUCCUUACUACUUCAAUUUAUGCUAUCCAAGAUUCUAACAAAAGAAGAGGAAGAGGUUGUGAAUAUAUAUGUUAUAAAUUUACAGCUUUGGAUUUAAUAUCUGGUGUACAUAUAGAUGAAGAAUCCCUGCCUCUUUUCAAUAUUUAACUACGAAGGUAAAUUGAAUUUUACAUUUAUUUUCAGCCGAACAGAUUUGUUUGAAAUAAAAUGACAACUAAAAAUUUCUACUUUGAGAUAAAUUUUGCGCUCAUAAUCUCCUUGACGUUUUCUUGUCCAAGACGUUUCGUUUGGUUUACAAUAUCAAUAUUUAUCUCGGAGCAUCAUUCAUUCUUUCAUUUAACAAACU